AAAACAAGUGCGCACCCCGGCAACAGCCGCCCCCCUCCGGUCCCCCACUCCCCCUCUGUCUCCAAGAAAAAUUUGGCCCCUGCUUGGCCACCGCCCAGGAUCUGCAAGCUGUGAGCCCAUGAGUUUCGGUGCCCAUUUGGAUUUUCACAAUCAGAGAUGGCAGCGAUGAAGGCAUCAACGUUGAAAGCUACCAGGCCUUGGUAUUCUCAUCCGGUAUAUGCAAGAUACUGGCAACAUUAUCAUCAAGCAAUGGCUUGGAUGCACAGCCACCAGAAUGCCUACAGGAAGGCCGUGGAAUCCUAUUUCAGUGUUCCAUGGUACUUCCCUCCUGUACUUCUUCCCCAAAGCUCUUACAGUAUCCAAGCUGCAUAUCCUCAGUCUUUCUAUGAUGAUCAUGUGGCCUGGCAGGACUCCCCCUGCAGUUCUUCACAUUUCAGAGGGUCUGGGCAGAAUCCACAUGACAGCAGUAGGAUCCAGGCAUCCACAAGAGAAGACCAAGCUUUGUCCAAAGAGGAAGAGAUGGAGACCGAGUCAGAUGCAGAGAUAGAAUGUGACCUGAGCAAUAUGGUAAUCACCGAAGAGCUCCGCCAGUACUUUGCAGAGACCGAGAGGCACAGAGAAGAACGACGGAGGCAGUAGCAGCUGGAUGCGGAGCGCCUGGAGAGCUAUGUGAACGCUGACCAUGACCUGUACUGCAACAUCCCCCGGUCGGUAGAGGCCCCAACUGAGAGGCCAGGUGAGCGGCGCCAGGCUGAGAUGAAGCGUUUGUAUGGGGACAGCGCUGCCAAGAUCCAGGCCAUGGAGGCUGCAGUGCAGCUGAGCUUUGACAAGCACUGUGACUGAAAGCAGCCCAAGUACUGGCCGGUCAUCCCCCUGAAGUUCCAAGCUCGGGACACAAGGUCCCCAGCCUCUCCCUCUUCCUUUUGGGUACACGCUCUUCAUCUCUCCUUGUGUACAUUUCUCAGGGAAAGGGGACUUUGUGCUGAGGUAUAGGCAUGUUCACUACAUUCCCAGUGGGCCUGUCACAGGGUGGAUAAACUAUGCUGGCCAUUUGGAGGUUGGUAGGAUGUCUUCUGUUGCCAAUAUGAUAAAUCAUGAUAAAUUUUCUCCUGAAAAAAUAAUUUUGUAUAUAUUAUACUGGUUUUUUAUGUUGUCGGUAACAGGUCAAUUUAUUAAAGUUCUUGCCUGGA